CAAAGCCAAAGCCAAGGCCUACCAUCCCCUCGCACUUCCAUCGUGUGACAAAACAUUCUUACAAAAAACUCCACAUUUCACAGAUCAUCAAUACCCCACCCCUUCCCUCAAUUUCACUCCAUCCCAUGAAUACAUAACUUCCACUCUCCCCCGCUCUCUUGGAGUGAGAGACUCCCACCUUCCUCUCUCUUCCACCAGACUUUUUGUUCUCUUUUGCCUACCUUUCUCAGCCAUUCUCUCUCAAAAUUCAAUCUUGCCGUAAUUGAAGUUUCCUUUCGACUUUGUUCAUUUUGCACCACUGAAUAGUAACAUGGUAUGUUCAAAUUUUGGUACUUUUAUCUUUUUUCCUCUUUGUGAUCUUGAUUCAGAACCUUUGAUUUGUCUAAAACCCCAUUUGCUGCAAACUGGGAUUUCAACAUAGCAUUAUCUUUUAAGGUAUUUUAGGAUUGGAUUUUAGAUCUGUAUCGGUUAUUGCUUGUUAAGAGCAUGGUAUCUUAAACUUGAGCUCACUGUUCUCUUGAAAGAUGCAAUCUUGGAGUUUUGGGGCUCUUACUUCGGAGAGAAAAGUUGAUUUCUUUUCUAGCUUUUUGAGGUUUUAAGCAAUUUUAAUGCAUAAAGGGUGUAGCUAGAUCAGACCCAGAAGGUGAAUUCUGAUUAUAGUGCUGUUAUAAAGAUGCAAUCAAGAGUUGUUCCAUUAGAGGAAGGGAAGGACCCUGCAGUUUCGAUCAAAGCAAGCCAAUCCAAGCACUCUCCAAUAAGGUUACUCCAGUUUUUUUUGCUGUUUUUAGCUGUAUGCAUCUCCUUUUCAAUCAUCAGUAUGUAUACAAUCAAGCGUUCUGGAGUUCAGACUGCAGGGACAACUGUUAAGCCUGCUUUUAAGCAUUGCUUUGAUGAACCGAAUACUUUGGAUCGUUGGAUUAGGCGUCCAUUGAACCUGCUCCAUAAAAUGAGUGAUGAGGAGCUCUUUUGGAGGGCUUCUUUUGUUCCUCGGAUAAAGAAGUAUCCCUUCAAGAGAGUUCCUAAGAUUGCGUUUAUGUUUCUGACAAAGGGGCCAUUGCCUCUGGCGCCUCUUUGGGAAAAGUUUUUGAAGGGGCACGAAGGGCUCUAUUCGGUCUAUAUUCAUUCGUUGCCAACAUUUGAAGCCAAAUUUCCACCUUCUUCAGUUUUCCAUCGGAGACAAAUCCCAAGUCAGAUUUCUGAGUGGGGUAAGAUGAGUAUGUGUGAUGCUGAACGAAGACUCCUUGCCAAUGCAUUGCUCGAUAUCUUGAAUGAGCGGUUUGUUCUGGUGUCCGAAUCUUGCAUUCCUCUCUUUAAUUUUACUUUCGUGUAUGGAUACAUAAUGAGAUCCAAGCAUAGCUUCAUUGGUGCAUUUGACGACCAUGGGCCAUAUGGGAGAGGACGGUAUAAUGAGAAUAUGGCACCUGAGGUGAAUAUUACCAACUGGCGCAAAGGAUCUCAAUGGUUUGAGAUUAACCGAAAGCUUGCAGUCAACAUAGUGGAAGAUACUACAUUUUACCCAAAAUUUGAGGAAUUCUGUAAACCGCAUUGUUAUGUUGAUGAACAUUAUUUCCCCACCAUGUUGACCGUUCGAACAGCACCUCUCUUAGCGAACAGAACCCUUACCUGGGUGGACUGGUCAAGGGGUGGAGCUCACCCAGCUACCUUCGGAAGAGCGGACAUAAAAGAGGAGUUCUUCAAAAAGGUUCAUGAAGAUAAGCAUUGCAUUUACAAUAAUCAAUCCACUUCAAUCUGUUUUCUUUUUGCGAGGAAAUUUGCACCGAGUGCUUUGGAACCUCUGUUACACAUAUCACGAAACGUUUUGGGAUUUUGAUAAAUGAACUCAACCAGACAACUAUUAGCAGUUGAGAAUGGUUUGGAGAAAUAUGCUAUGCUACAUUCAUUCUUUGCAUUUUAGAUGAUAGGUCUUUUUCAGUCACCAUCCUGGUUGAUGUUGGUGUGCUUUCAUGCUUGUUUCCUGGGGGAAUCCAUGUCCAAAAGCCUAAUUAUAUGUACAGAGGAGGUAUAGCUAAUGCCACAAGCAUGAUUUUAACC